GUGGUGUUUCGUCAAAGUGAACAACAGACUCCUGCGUGACACGACCGUGAGGUCCGACACAAAAAUUUACUCUGCGUCUGGGUGUGGGACCGCCGCGCGCGACAACGUGGAGGCACUAGGACCUAAAAGUGAACCUGUAUUUUGAAAAACUGCUCAACAUUCGGGCGCGGCAGGUCUGACUUUUCGAAGGCAGUCAUGUAGAGGGGCGGGAGGGACACACGGCCAUGGCAAGGGGCCCAGAGGGCAGCAGGAAGGGGCGAGCAGCAUGAGCCGCCUAGGAGGGAGCCUACGCCUGAGUUCGACGACGAUAAUAUAGAGUUCUUCCUGGACGUGUAUCGGGAUCAUGCGGCACAGAGAGGGUGGUCAGUGGCGGAGAGGAUUCACCACUUGAGGGGUAUAGGGCAGUUUGAGGAGCCUGUCGCUCAGAUAUGUGAGGAGGCCCUGACUUGGCCAGAUUUGGAGGUCGGGAUGCAGAGGUUGAGAGCUUCCCCUAGAGGACGUGAUGGCAUACCCAUUCGAUUGGAGGAGGGGAACGUGGAGGAGUUUAUUCCCGCAUACGAGCAUUAUAUGCUGAGUCAGGGGAUUGCGCGGGAGGAGUGGGUGCAGGCCCUACUUAUCUGGACUAGGGGGGCAGAGAGGCCGGUGGCCAGACAGAUCUGGGAGAGAGCUCGAGAUUGGGAGGACUGCCAGGCCCAGCUCAGGAGGGCGUUCGGACGGCCAGAGCGCGAGAGGCCCGAGCCCAGGGUCGAGAGGCGGAGGCGAAGCAAGAGGCCAAGGGAACGAGCGCCGAGAGAGGUGGGGCUGACCAGAGAGAGGAGGAGGGCCCCAGCACAGCGAGAGGAUGAGCCCGUAGGGCCCGCACCGGAAGAGGAGUCGUUCCCUGCUUGCGGUCUCCGGACAGUUGAGUUUCGACGGAUUACGAGCAAGGAGUUGCGGUCGCCUUCGCCAUCGCCAUCGCCUCCAAGGCGGGAGUUGGACAUACCAGGAGAGACGCCGUUCUGGAGCCUAGCGACUCAUCUCGACGUAUCUCGAUGGGAGGCCUCACGGUUGGGAGAGGGCUCAACUGAGCCGGCACGCUAUGUGUCGUUAAAGGAGCCUCUGGACCUCGAGAUGGAGACGGACAUACGAGAUCGAGGGGAGCCGCAGGAUCCUGAGAUGGCAGCCGAGCAGCAGGAUCCGGUACGGCCUCAGAUUGAGGAGGUGAUCACAGUUGGAGAUGAUACCCCUCCAAGUGGCCCAGCCCCGGAGUCGGCGCGACCGCUUUGGCCAGAGGGGGUCCCUGAGCCAGAUAGUGAGGAGAUUCCAGAGUUUCUCCUUGAGGCCACCGCUAUGCCUAAGCAGGAGGCAGAGAUGGAGGGUCAGGGAGCGUAUGAGAGAGCGAGGAUGGAGGUACUCCCUGACUUGCCAUCGGCCACACAUGUGACCGAAAGCCCAGUUAUCGAGGAACCUGCUCCAGCGGAGUUACCGCCAGCAUUGCCAUGCACGAGCGAGAGGGUGAGUACCGAGGCGUCAACUCCAGAGGGCCAGGGGCUGCAGGCGAAAAGAGCCUCAAGAGAAACCCGCAAAGAGAAGUCCGCCAGAGUGCGAGUUCGUUUGGAUGAAAUACACGUGAGGCAGGCUGAGAUGGAGGCGGCAGGGAUAGAGUCGACGACGCCGGUCGAUCCCAAAACGAGCGAGCAGCGGAUCGACGAGUUGUGGGCGAGGUACGAAAGCCAGAGGGACGCGGCCCGCCAGAGGUCACGGGAGACGGGACAGGCGGACGAGGAGGCGGGUGAGCUGAGAGAGAUGGGGGACUUGGGGUUCUCCACGACGAGGAGGGCGAUUGAGCAUAUGGAUAGGAGGAUAUGCGAGACGGAAGUUACAUCCUUCCAGUGGUAUAGUCUACUCAGCGGUCAGCUCAGGGUCAGAGAGUUGGAGGUGGAGCACCUGACUACUCAGCUUGCCGAGGAGAGGGCGAGGAGCCAGGCCAGAGAGGUUGAGUGGGAGAGGAGAUUUGGGGAGAUGGCGGCCGCUGUAGAUAGGCUCUCUGCAGCCUGGGAGGCUGGCCAGGCGGGACGAGCCGGUGCCGAUGGCCAGGGCCAAGAGGUGCGGGCUUCGUCGAGUCGGGGAGCAGCGGUGGAGGCCCCUCGACAGCCCGGGCCAAUGGGGAAGGUGCCUCUGGAUUCGGCCUAGGAGGAGGGUGGCGUCCAGGAGUCGCUUAUGGCUAUGUCCACGGAGAGGAGAGGCUCGCGUUUGCAUGAGCUGGCGGUAGCCACGGGGAUAG